UCGCCACGUCAGUUCAAGGAGCAAGGAGUUCAUGAAACUACGCCGCAGUGUUCUGCAUCAUGACCAUCGAGGAAUGUGCCCCGCUACCCACCUUUGACAUUACACCCGCGGCGAUUCUAGACCAUGCCAAUCAGGUUAUCCGCCAGGUCCAGCUGGACGUCAAUCAUUUAAUCGACACAGUUGUCAUUGGGGAUGCCACCGUUGAUACUCUAGUGCGUCCACUAGGCAACAUAGACAAUGAGUUUAAGUAUCACAUUCAGUACAUUGCCCUAUUCCAAUCAGUCGCGCCGUCCCCGGAUCUGCGCAAAGCAUCGUCAGAGGCAGUGAACCUGGUUAAUCAAGCUUACCUAGCGCUGUUCCAAGAUGAGCGCCUAUUCUAUCUGGUCGACACCGUGUAUAGCAAGGUCAAUGAUGGCAAUGAAGAUAGCGAGUCCAUACGUCUCCUAUCGAGAUUCCAUCGCAUGUUUGUCGAUAAUGGCCUCCGUCUGGCUGGGGUAGAUCGCGAUCGGUUUCAGCACAUUGUAAAGCGGUUGCUUGAAUUGCGUGUCCAGUUCAUGGACAACAUUGCCACCGACCCGGGGAGUCUGUGGAUAGCAACGGAUGAGCUGAAGGGCCUCGAUGAGGGCAUGCUGAAGAACCUCGAACGGGGUCCUUCGGGGAGUGGUCGUAUUCGUCUGGAUCGGCCGACAGUCAGCACGAUUCUGGGAAAAUGCAGCGUGGCUCAAAUCCGGCGAGAUGUUUUCCUCGGUGGUCAGUCAAUCUACCCUCAAAAUGUCAAAAUAUUCCAGGAUACUAUCACUCUGCGACAUGAAGCUGCCCGACUACUGGGGUUCCCGUCGUUCGCAGCACAACAACUACGGCAUCAGCUGGUUAAAUCCCCCGGCGCUGUCACAGACCUCCUGGAGGACCUCGAGCAUAAAUUGCAGCCGCUUGCGAUCCGUGAGUUACAAGCCUUACAGACAUUCGCUGGUCUAGAAUCACCGCUUCAUCUGUGGGAUUUCGACUACUAUCACCGCCGCAUGCUGCAGGAACAGUAUUCUCGGAUGCUGGGCAUCUUCGAGAGGCUAUUCGGAUUAUCCAUUACGGAAGUUACAGAGAAGACCGACCGGAAUGUGUGGCACUCUGAUGUCAGGAUAUUCGCAGUACGCGACAGACAAGAUUCUUCAGGCUCCUUCCUAGGCUACCUGUAUACGGAUAUCUACCCUCGGCCAGGGAAAUACAACCAUGCCGCCAACUUUGACAUCCAUCCCGGAUUUCGAAGGAAAGAUGGGAGUCAAUCUCCCGUCGCCACGGCUCUCGUGUGCAAUGUAUCGCCAGCUACAGCCGACCGACCGGCGCUUCUUCAGCACAGGGAAGUCAUCACGCUGUUCCAUGAGCUAGGACACGGAAUGCAUGAUCUCCUAGGAAGAGCCAAGUACGCUCUAUUUUCCGGCCAUCGAACUGUGCGAGACUUCGUCGAGGCACCCAGUCAGCUGCUGGAAUACUGGUGCUGGGUACCAGAGUGUUUGCAACAGCUCAGUUGCCAUUACACGUACCUGCCGGAGUAUUGUGAGCGAACUUUGGCUGAGGGGACUGUGAAAGAUGCCAGCCGACCACCGAGAGAGAUACCCGAGGACCUAGUCAAGGGACUUGCUGCCGUCAAACAAGUCAAUCAGGGUAUCUUGACCCUGCGACAGGUUGCCUUUAGUGCAUUCGAUAUGGAGAUCCAUGGCGAGCACGGCCAGAAAAUCUCGGAAGGCAAUGGCAUUGCCGAGCGAUACAAUUCGUUACUACAAGAAAUGACCCUCCUCCGGGGCCCUGAGGAAGUCAACUGGGGCCAUGGAUAUGCCACGAGCCAACAUUACAUGUGGGGCCAAGAGGCCAACUACUUUUCAUACCUCUACACACGGACCUUGGCAGCGGACAUUUGGACCUCCAACUUUCGUGACGAUCCCAUGAGUGCGGAAGCUGGACUCCGCUAUCGACGGAUGAUUCUCGCCCACGGCGGUAGUAGAGACGAGUUGGAGAUGCUCAUGGAGUUCCUGGGACGAUCUCCGUCUCCGGAAGCAUAUCUCGGGGAUCUAGGGGUCGGGGAGCAUGGCUGUUGAUUUGUAGUAGCUUGACGAACCGUGGUUGCUAUCUAUGCCGUGAAGAUCACACGAGCAUCAGCGGAGCGCCCCGGAGUCAUAAUGAUGCACCUUCAUUGGCCGCCAUCUCGUGUUGGGAGCGAACGGUGUAAGACGGCGGCUCAGCCAGAAGUCUCCGCGGUCGCACGGAGCCUUACGGAGGGCGGCGCUGCUUAAAGAAUGUACAUAAAGACCGAAGGGGGAUGAUGGUACUUUGAAAAAU